UCCGAAAGACAACACUGUUCCUUUCGUGCAGGGAAUGGUUUGCGCUGGGGAAGCUUUGUCUCAUUUAAUAAUGGCCUCUGAAUCCUAUGGAUUACUGAAGGGAUUUUAUCUUGCUGUAAUCUCUAGAAGGAAAUAUACAAACAGCUGGGAAGACACAACGGAUCAGCAUUGUACUAUUGGGAUACCACGGAAUACAAGAUCUGGAGAGGAGCGGCGAUAUUUCAAAAUGAACCUUUUCUGCUUCACACUGGAGGGUUCUAUGGACAGUUUGUAUGAACCAGUACAGCAAAGCCAAGAAACCAAUGAGAACAGCUCUAGCCGUGCGUCCAGCCCAUUGAACACAAACACAAAGAAUGUUCUGUAUGAACGGUCUCUGUCCUUGGAAUUUUCUGAUGUGGAAAAUACAGAAUUAAGAAAGAAGAGUAACAAAUCACAUAUUCAGAAAUCAGUGUCAGAAAAUGAAGCGUUUGAAACGGAACCACUUGAGAAGAAAUCUUGGAGUACAAUUCAAUCUCAGCACCCCAGGAAAGCAGAGAAUCCAUCCCACCUACGCAGGCAUUGCUACAUCGAAGAUCUUAGCGAAGAUGAUUUCCUAAUGGGAGAGAAAACAAAUUUACUUACAAGGCAAAAUACUAAAGAGAACCAGAGCCAGUGGAUAUCUCCUCAAAUUCAGAGCUCAGAAAGUUCUACCAAUGAAAUGGAGGUGGAUGACACAAGAUCAGAAGCAAUGGGAACGCUGAAACGAUUACAGAAACUUGUUCGAUCCAAAAAACAAAGCGUAGCUGAAGAUGGAAAGAAUACCUUCUUGCCACAAUCUCUCACCCUGGGUGCUAAUGAAGAUGAUGAUGAUGAUGAAGAACAGACUCUGACGACAUGCAUGAAAUUAACCAAAUCACAAGACAAGAAAACCUGUAAGGACCCAGUAAGAAAGAAGUCAGCGGUGGACUACUAUUCAACCGUGGGUUCUUUGGACAGAUCUUCCAAUGCCAAAUGGAGCACCCCAGGAGAUUUGGCACUGGAUUCCGAUCAUUCUUUCUUGAGCGACUGGAAAACAUUUACAGGCAACGACUGUGACCCUUUAGUUUUUUCCAUAAAACCGAUCCAAGAAUGGGAAAAAUGCACCUGCUGCAAUCACCAUACGCAGCUCCCGCCCUCUCUUACAGAUAUGGACCUGCCCUAUUCCUGGCGUACCAGCAGUUUUGGAGCCUUUGAUCGUUUCAGGAAAUCUUCUGCAUCAAAGCCAGAACAUUUAAAUGAGACCCAUGAGGCUGAGAUUCUGUGUGAAGGAGGCGCUACAGAAUGUGAUAAAACACCAAACAAUGCCGGGAGCCUGACCAAGAAGAUGAAGGCUAUAUCACUGACAAUGAGGAAGAAGAUGGGGAAGAAAUAUAUCCAGGCUCUUUCAGAGGAUACGGACGACACUGAAGAGUAUAAUUCUCACCGAGACAGUGACCCAGAAGGCAGAUUCCCUACGGAGAAAGCGUUUCUAAAAGCAAGCGAGUCUGUGGAAAGUCUCUACAGCCUUAAUAGUGGUCAGAGUUCAUCCAGUGGUGUAACCAGCAGCUCCGAUGGCACCAACAGAGAUAGUCUAAGACUAGAUGAAGACAUUUCUUAUACUGGACCUUUCUGUGGAAGAGCAAAAGUUCACACUGACUUCACCCCAAGCCCUUAUGACGCGGAAUCACUGAAAAUCAAGAAAGGUGACAUUAUAGACAUAAUCUGUAAAACCCCAAUGGGGAUAUGGACUGGCAUGCUGCAUAAUAAGGUGGGCAAUUUCAAAUUUAUCUAUGUCGACAUAAUCUCUGAAGAGGAAAUGCCACCUCGAAGGAUAAAAGCAAGAAGGAAAAGUAAAAGACCAAAACCUAAGACUUUGCAAGAACUUAUGGAGAGGCUAAAUCUGCAGGAUUACAUAUCGAGCCUAUUGCUUAAUGGAUAUGAAACACUGGAAGACCUUAAAGACCUGAAGGAAAGUCAUCUGCAUGAGCUUAACAUUACAAGUUCAGAGGAAAGGGCGAGGCUGUUGGCUGCUAUUGAAAACUUACAGGACUGUGAAAACGAUCAAGAGCUUGAAAAUAAAUCCGUUCCCCCGAGGCUGAGACCCGGCAAUCCUGCAAAUAAAUGUGAUUUAAGUGACUGUCCAAGAGAUUCUGGAUGCUACAUUUCUCUAGAGAGUUCAGAAAACAGCAAAGACGAGACGGAAGCAGAAACAUUAUGUGAAAAUGUGCAGAAAAUCACAAUUACAGAAUCUGCCUAGCUGAAGCACACAGGCCUAUUUUGAUGGUCAGCUUAUCUCUCCCACUAAAAGGUAUAGGACAAAAGUGAUAAUUUCCUUAAGCACAAACCAUUUCAUCAGUCGACUACUUGAAAUAAGAUAUUUAAAUGAUAGAAGAACAAAAUGAUAGGAGUAAAUAGUAACAUCCAGGGUUCACAUCCACAUUGCCAAUUCCUGACAACAUUACAUAGCAUGGCUCAACCAACCAUUUCACAACAGGUAUAAGCACUGAUAUCAGAAACGCAUAUCUAGAAAGCUCUAUGGGAAUAGAAAAGAAAAUAGAGACCCUUUUCAGCUGUCGCCAAAUCUGAAUAGGUGACUAGGGAUGCACCGAAUCCAGGAUUCGACCCUUUUCAGCAGGAUUUGGUUGAAUCCUUGUGCCUGGCUGAACUGAAUCCAAAUUUGCAUAUGUAAAUUAUGAGCAGAAAGGAAAAUCAAGUGACUUCGGCUGAACCCCAAAUAGUGGAUUCGGUGCAUCCCUAUAGGAGACAACUGUUCCCCAUGCCGAAUAGAAGGAUACAGUUCAGACAGCUUGAACAAUCAGAAACAGAAAAGGAGCUGCUUUCAAAUAUUUCCUAUCAAUGAACUGACCGAUAUCCAUGGUACAAAGAUAUUGCUCUGAACCAACGUAGGUGUAAUUAGAAAAGUUACGUUGUGUUGUGCGUAUGAGCAGCUAAUGGAACAUUACACUAAGGAGCAUUUCCUUGCUGUUAUUCUGAUAUGUCUACUCACCAGUAUGUGCAACAGCAUCAGAACACCCUCACUGACCAGACUAUUCUUCCCAAAUAACUAAACUUUCUCAGCUUUUUUAUGACGCUUCUCAAUUUUAAUUUAAACCUGUAAAUUUUGUAAAUACACAGUUUUGAAAAACUAUCUAUUUAUACCCAGAGGAACCUUUAAGUUAAUUUCUCUAUCUUGCUAUAGUACUUUAUUCCCUUUGUACCUUUUCUCUGGAGGAAACAGGCUUAAAGGGUUUGUUCACCUUCCAACACUUUUUUCAGUUCAGUUGGUUUCAGAUAGUUUACCACAAAUAAAGACU